CACCCGAUUAUGCGUAUUUUCAUGGAAUACACGACAGAGGAAGAGCCCCCUACAUCGCCACCCACUUCACGCAGACCUCUGCCGACCACUGUACAAACAUGGCAUACAACUUUCAUAUAUACGCCAGCAGAGCCAAGAAACACACCACUUCCACCGACCUUGGACAUAACGCAGCUCAUCCUACAAACUACAUCCGAGAUCCAAACUAACAGUGCAAAAUCGUUCUUGACAAAUUCCGACAAAGGUCCAGAUUCAUCUUCAAAUGGGACUUCCUUCACGCCCGGUGAAAACCGUAUCACAAGGGGAGUCUCAAACACAGCAAUUGCAUCCGCAGAGGGAGACCAUAACAAUCGCAGUAUACCAUCCACGCCAACACUGACUUCAAUGGAAGCGUCUCAACCGUCGUCUUUUCUCAGCCGUGGAGCCAUAAUAGGCAUUUCAGUGUCAGUUAUUGUCAGCGGAUUCCUAUUGGCAGCGGUUGUCCUGCGUAGGUAUCGCUCUUCCAGGCGUCUAACGGAAGGUGGCCAGAACCCACUCAACUGUAUUAACGCUGUAGAGAGCAAUUCAGGUCAUCCGGAUGGCCCUGUCGCCAACACCCAAGACAUUGCCAUGUACGAGACCGUGCCAAAUGAUGUCUCGAAACGCACUAAACUAUCAGGAGCAACGCAAGGUAACAAGCAGUCCAAUGUUCCCAUGUACGAAAGCACAGCGUAUGUCAGCAUCACCAAGAAAUCGUGUGAUCUCACGGAGAGUUCUGCUUACGGAACCAACUCAGAUACCAACUAAAAAUUACGCAUUGCAAUUGUUCAAGCGGUACUUUUGACACAUUUUACAAGCACAUUGACACCGGAAUUAGUACCCCCCCCCCAUCUUUUUUACUUUAGCGGCACGCAUUCAUUACGUUUUCUGUCUUAACGCUCCCUUCUCACAUGUAUGUACCUCUGUCUUCACCAAUAUUGCAUUAAUAUAACCCUGAGGUUCGUAACUCCAGGCUGUUACAGAAGUUGAGUGAAAGAGUUGCUCAUGAGCUUCUCUUGCUGCAGUGAAUGGCAUGAUAGCGUGAGUAAGCUUUCCAGCUUUAAUUUUCUCACCACAAUGAUCAUAAAGUUGCCCAGGGUUUGGCUUGACUGCUAUCUGCAAAGUAGACGUUUCUCUCUUAUUAUCCCACUUCAUUCUUUUACACUGUUCUAUCACUUGGAUUUUUCAUUUUUCAAGGGUCACAAACCAUUAUGGUGCAAUUUCUAGCAAAAAGAGCACAGUUUAUAGCCGGUUUACAGCCGAAACCGCCUGGUGACAAUACAAU